CCAGAAUCGGGAGCAGUUAAAUGCACUUUCCGUUCAGCUGAUAGUGUUUGACUUGAAGGGGGGCAGCUCCUCCGCAAUAUCUCCACUACGGACGAGGCCGACGCUUUUGGACUUGCUCGCUCGUCUUUUGGCCUAUUUUAAAACGGAGCGGCUGGCGCUUCCGCCAUGUUGAUUCAAGUUGUAUUUGUGCGGAGUGUGACUGUCUUGGGAGCCAAGUGACAAGCCCCACACAUUUUGUCGAGAGUCAGUCAGUCAGGGGGCUGAUACUGCGCCGGUGACGCAGGAAAAACACCCAGAAGCGAACAGUCGGGGAGAAACGUCGGAAUUAAAGAGAGCUCUUUCGGUGUCCCCCAUCUGCGAGAAGCCGUCACUUACCCAGGCCCACGUUUUUAUAAUAUAUCACCACGACACAGCCGCUUAAGGCUUGGACGUAACCUGGCAAUAGAGGAGGGGAAGUCCUAUCAAAUUCCUGGUUAUGCAAUGGUCUCAGCGGUCCAUCCAGAUCUCCAGGUGCUCGUGUCUCCCUCUCGCGUGUUUGGCCUCUCUUCCCUCCGCUCUACGGCUGAGGUGGCUUUGAUUUCCCUCCUGGUCAGCGCUGCGUAAAAGAGGCCAAGAUUGCCAAGAUCUGUCCUGUGGCGAGCAUGACGGCCACCACGCGUGGCUCUCCGGUGGGGGGCAACGACAGCCAGGGCCAGGCGCCUGAUACUCAGAGCCAACCCCCGUUGCCACAGAACCAGACAUCAUCUCCUAACUCAUCUAAUGAGAACUCUCCAGUGAGCCCCCCAGGUGAGCAUGGACAAGGGGAUGGGCCACCCCAGCUAGAAGAGGAGGAGCCCGCCUUCCCCCACACUGACCUAGCCAAGCUAGAUGACAUGAUCAACAGGCCUCGUUGGGUCGUUCCAGUGUUGCCAAAAGGAGAGUUAGAAGUCCUCUUGGAGGCUGCUAUAGACCUCAGUAAAAAAGGUCUAGAUGUGAAGUGUGAAGCCUGUCAGAGGUUUUUCCGAGAUGGUUUGACUAUCUCAUUCACAAAGAUCCUGACAGAUGAGGCAGUUAGCGGCUGGAAGUUUGAGAUUCAUAGGUGUAUCAUCAAUAACACACAUCGCCUGGUGGAACUGUGUGUGGCCAAGCUCUCUCAGGACUGGUUCCCCCUACUGGAGCUUCUGGCCAUGGCCACCAACCCCCACUGCAAGUUCCACAUCUACAAUGGCACGCGGCCCUCUGAGAGUGUCCCUGCUGGAGCACAGUUGGCCGACGACGACCUCUAUGCCCGACCACCGGACCCACGCUCGCCGAAGGGCUGGUUGGUGGACUUAAUAAAUAAAUUUGGCACGUUAAACGGGUUUCAAAUGUUGCACGAUCGCUUCAUGAGUGGCCAAGCACUGAACGUCCAGAUCAUCGCUGCACUUAUCAAGCCUUUUGGCCAGUGUUAUGAGUUCCUCACAUUGCACACAGUGAAGAAGUACUUCCUCCCUGUCAUCGAAAUGGUACCCCAGUUCUUGGAGAACCUCACCGAUGAGGAGCUGAAGAAAGAGGCCAAGAAUGAAGCCAAAAACGACGCACUGUCCAUGAUAAUCAAGUCUCUGAAGAACCUUGCAUCUCGCGUACCGGGGCAGGAGGAGACUGUGAAGAAUUUAGAGAUUUUUAGGUUAAAAAUGAUUCUUAGGUUAUUGCAAAUUUCUUCUUUUAACGGCAAAAUGAAUGCACUAAAUGAAGUUAACAAGGUGAUAUCCAGCGUGUCCUACUACACUCAUCGGCAUAACCCAGAGGAGGAUGAAUGGCUGACAGCAGAGCGGAUGGCGGAGUGGAUCCAGCAGAACCACAUCCUGUCCAUCGUCUUGCGGGACAGUUUACAUCAGCCUCAGUAUGUCGAGAAACUGGAGAAGAUCCUUCGCUUCGUUAUCAAAGAGAAAGCGCUGACAAUGCAGGAUCUCGACAACAUUUGGGCAGCACAGGCUGGCAAACACGAAGCAAUUGUAAAAAAUGUCCACGAUCUUCUGGCCAAGCUAGCGUGGGAUUUUUCUCCUGAGCAGCUUGAUCAUCUCUUCGACUGUUUUAAGGCAAGCUGGACGAAUGCCAGCAAGAAGCAGCGUGAAAAACUGCUGGAACUCAUCCGCCGCCUGGCCGAGGACGACAAGGACGGCGUGAUGGCCCACAAGGUCCUCAAUCUGCUGUGGAACCUAGCCCACAGCGACGACGUGCCUGUAGACAUAAUGGACCAAGCUCUUAGUGCUCACAUCAAAAUACUGGAUUACAGUUGUUCACAGGACAGAGACACUCAGAAGAUCCAGUGGAUUGAUCGGUUCAUAGAGGAACUACGAACCAAUGACAAAUGGGUGAUUCCUGCCCUCAAGCAAAUCCGAGAAAUCUGUAGCCUUUUUGGAGAAGCUCCUCAGAACUUAAGUCAAACCCAGAGAAAUCCCCAUGUGUUUUAUCGCCAUGACCUUAUCAACCAGCUGCAAAAUAACCACGCUCUGGUCACAUUGGUAGCAGAGAACCUGUCCGCCUACAUGGAGACAAUGAGGCAGUUCUCAAAAGAAGAACAGGCAGAGUUUGAUCCUCAGACAGUACGGCCAGGAAGCCGCUACAGCCAUGUACAGGAAGUACAGGAAAGACUGAACUUCUUGAGGUUUCUUUUAAAGGAUGGUCAGCUGUGGCUGUGCGCCCCUCAGGCAAAGCAGAUCUGGAAGUGCCUGGCUGAGACUGCCGUCUUCCUCUGUGACCGCGAAGCCUGCUUUAAAUGGUACUCCAAACUGAUGGGUGACGAACCUGACCUUGACCCGGAUAUCAACAAGGACUUCUUUGAGAACAAUGUUCUGCAGUUGGACCCUUCGCUGUUGACUGAGAAUGGCAUGAAGUGCUUUGAGAGGUUCUUCAAAGCUGUUAACUGCAGGGAGGGCAAACUAGUAGCCAAACGCAGGGCCUACAUGAUGGAUGACCUGGAAUUGAUUGGCUUGGACUACCUCUGGAGGGUGGUAAUCCAAGGAAGUGACGACAUUGCCAACAGAGCUAUUGACCUGCUGAAAGAAAUCUACACCAAUCUUGGCCCAAAAUUACAAGUCAACCAGGUGGAAAUCCAUGAAGACUUUAUCCAGUCAUGUUUUGACCGUCUGAAGGCCUCUUACGAUACCCUGUGUGUGUUGGAUGGAGACAAAGACAGCAUCAACUGUGCCCGCCAGGAGGCCAUCCGCAUGGUGCGAGUUCUCACUGUGCUCAAGGAGUACAUCAAUGAGUGUGACAGCGACUACCAUGAGGAGAGAACUAUCCUCCCCAUGUCCAGGGCGUUCCGGGGAAAGCAUAUCACAUUGAUCGUGCGCUUCCCCAACCAGGGGCGCCAAGUGGACGACCUGGAUAUUUGGUCGCACACCAACGACACAAUCGGCUCGGUGCGGCGUGGCAUCCUGAACAGGAUCAAAGCCAACGCCGCACACACCAAGAUAGAGCUCUUUAUCAGCGGGGAGGUUGUUGAUCCAGCUGACGACAGGAAGCUGAUUGGACAGCUCAAUUUGAAGGAUAAAACUCUGAUUACUGCCAAGCUAACUCAGGUGAGUGCCAACAUGCCCUCCAGCCCAGACAGCUCGUCUGAUUCCUCCGCUGGCUCUCCUGGUAACCACGGCAACCACUACAGCGAUGGCCCCAACCCCGAAGUAGAGAGCUGUCUUCCUGGAGUGAUCAUGUCACUGCACCUCCGCUACAUCUCCUUCCUGUGGCAGGUGGCUGACCUGGGCUGCCAGCUCAACAUGCCCCUGCUUCGAGACGGAGCCAGAGUUCUUAUGAAACUCAUGCCUCCAGAUAACACGACUGUAGAAAACCUACGAGUUGUGUGUUUGGACCAUGCCAAGCUUGGGGAGAACAGCCUUAGCCCUUCACUGGACUCACGCUUCUUUGGCCCCUCGCCCUCACAAGUGCUCUAUCUCAUUGAGGUUGUGUAUGCUUUGCUGAUGCCUGCCAGUGCCACUCUUGGCGAGGAUGCCAGUGACUUCCAGUACAACUUUCUGAAGAGCGGCGGCUUGCCAUUGGUGUUGAGCAUGCUCACCCGGAACAACUUCUUGCUGUCAGCCGACAUGGAAACACGGCGCGGGGCUUAUCUCAACGCACUAAAAAUCGCCAAACUACUGCUCACCGCUGUAGGCUUUGGACAUGUGAAGGCUGUGGCGGAGGCCUGCCAGCCUAAUGCAGAGGGAAACAUCCCAGUGUCCCCGAUUAAUCAGGCCACUCACGAUCAGGCUCUGGUUCUGCAGAGCGCCCUGCAAAACAUCCCAAACCCUGCAUCAGAAUGUAUGCUGCGCAAUGUAGCCAUCCGCCUGGCACAGCAGAUUUCUGAUGAGAAUUUUUUCCAGGCAUCAAAGUCUAUCCCAGACAUCUGCGUGAUUAGAGCGGUACAGAAAAUCGUUUGGGCAUCAGGCUGCGGUACAGUGCAGCUUGUCUUCAGUUCUAAUGAAGAAAUCAGCAAGAUUUAUGAGAAGACAAAUGCAGCCAAGGAACCGGAUGGCGAGGACGAGCAAGUGUGUUGUGAGGCACUGGAAGUGAUGACGUUGUGUUUUGCCUUGAUGCCCACGGCCCUGGACACCCUCAGUAAGGAGCGAGCUUGGCAGACUUUCAUCAUAGACUUGCUGCUGCACUGCCACAGCAAAUCCGUACGGCAAAUGGCUCAGGAGCAGUUUUUCCUGAUGGCAACCAGGUGCUGCAUGGGGCAAAGACCCCUCCUUUUCUUCAUCACCCUUCUCUUCACUGUGCUGGGAACCACAGCUAAGGAGCGAGCUAAACAUGCCGGGGACUACUUCACUUUGCUCCGGCACCUUCUGAACUAUGCCUAUAAUAGCAACAUCAACCUGCCAAAUGCGGAGGUGCUGCUCAACAAUGAGAUUGACUGGUUGAAAAGGAUACGGGAUGAAGUCAAGAGGACAGGGGAGACCGGUGUGGAGGAGACCAUCUUGGAAGGCCACCUUGGGGUCACCAAAGAGCUUCUCGCCUUCCAGACUCCUGAGAAGAAAUACUAUAUCGGGUGUGAGAAAGGCGGUGCUAACCUCAUAAAGGAGCUCAUUGAUGACUUUAUCUUCCCAGCGUCAAAUGUUUACCUGCAGUACAUGAAGAGCGGUGAUUUCCCCACAGAGCAGGCCAUCCCUGUGUGUAGUUCUUCUGCUUCCAUCAAUGCUGGCUUUGAACUCCUGGUGGCCUUGGCUGUUGGCUGUUUCCGCAACCUCAAGCAGAUUGUCGACACGCUCACAGACAUGUACUAUAUAGGCUGUGAAACGUUGACGGAGUGGGAGUACCUGCCUCCUGUGGGCCCACGGCCAAAUAAAGGCUUUGUGGGUCUGAAGAACGCAGGGGCCACAUGUUAUAUGAACUCUGUCAUUCAGCAGUUGUACAUGAUCCCUCCCAUUCGCAAUGGCAUUCUGGCCAUCGAAGGCACGGGCACCGACGUGGAUGAUGACAUGUCAGGGGAUGAGAAGCAAGAGAAUGAGACUAAUGUUGAUCCCCGUGACGAAGUGUUCAGCUAUCAUCAUCAGUUUGACGAUAAGCCCUCGAGUAAAGCAGAAGACAGGAAAGAGUACAACAUCGGGGUAUUGCGUCACCUGCAAGUCAUAUUUGGCCAUUUGGCUGCAUCCAGACUCCAGUACUACGUUCCGAGGGGAUUCUGGAAACAGUUCAGAUUAUGGGGAGAACCAGUGAAUCUCAGGGAGCAGCAUGACGCUCUAGAGUUUUUCAAUUCUUUGGUGGACAGUCUGGAUGAGGCGCUGAAAGCGUUGGGUCACCCUGCAAUGCUCAGUAAGGUCCUGGGAGGCUCCUUUGCUGACCAAAAAAUCUGUCAGGGAUGCCCUCACAGAUACGAGUGUGAAGAGUCAUUCACAACACUUAAUGUAGAUAUCAGAAACCACCAGAAUCUUCUGGACUCCAUGGAGCAAUACGUCAAAGGCGAUCUGCUGGAGGGAGCCAAUGCUUAUCACUGUGAGAAAUGUAAUAAGAAGGUGGACACAGUCAAGCGUCUGCUGAUAAAGAAGUUACCCCCUGUCCUGGCCAUCCAGUUGAAGCGCUUCGACUAUGACUGGGAACGGGAGUGCGCCAUUAAGUUCAACGACUACUUCGAAUUCCCCAGGGAGUUGGACAUGGAGCCGUACACAGUUGCCGGCGUGGCCAAGAUCGAGGGUGACGACGUUAACCCAGAGAACCAGGUGAUCCAGCAGAACGAGCCCUCAGAACCCACACCUUCAGGCAGCUCCAAGUACCGCCUGGUAGGGGUUCUGGUCCACUCGGGCCAGGCCAGCGGCGGGCAUUACUACUCGUACAUCAUCCAAAGGAAUGGUGGUGAUGGUGAGAAGAACCGCUGGUACAAGUUUGAUGAUGGUGACGUGACUGAGUGCAAGAUGGACGAUGAGGAGGAGAUGAAGAACCAGUGCUUUGGCGGCGAGUACAUGGGCGAGGUGUUUGAUCACAUGAUGAAAAGGAUGUCGUACCGCCGGCAGAAGCGCUGGUGGAAUGCCUACAUUCUUUUCUACGAGCGCAUGGACUCCUUGGAUAAGGACAGCGAGCUUGUCAAGUACAUCUCAGAGCUGACCAUCUCCGCCACCAAGCCACAUCAGGUCAAGAUGCCUGGUGUUAUCGAGUGCAGCGUCCGCAAGCAGAACGUCCAAUUUAUGCACAACCGAAUGCAAUACAGCCUGGAAUACUUCCAGUUCAUUAAGAAACUUCUGACCUGUAACAGUGUCUAUUUAAACCCCCCUCCAGGACAAGACCACCUUCUGCCAGAGGCAGAGGAGAUUGCUAUGAUAAGUGCUCAGCUGGCUGCUCGCUUCCUUUUUAGCACAGGCUUCCACACCAAGAAAGUAGUUAGGGGUCCUGCCAGUGACUGGUAUGAUGCUCUAUGCAUCCUGCUGAGACACAGUAAGAAUGUACGCUACUGGUUUGCACACAACGUCUUGUUUGCUUACCCAAACCGGUUCUCCGAGUACCUGCUUGAGUGCCCAAGCGCUGAGGUCCGCGGCGCCUUUGCCAAGCUCAUUGUCUUCAUCGCUCACUUCUCGCUGCAAGACGGCCCUUGCCCGUCCCCUACUGCAUCCCCAGGAACCUCCGCUCAGGGUUGUGAUAACCUCAGUCUAAGUGACCACCUUUUAAGAGCGGUACUCAACCUGCUCAGACGAGAGGUUUCUGAACAUGGCCGUCACCUGCAGCAGUACUUCAACCUCUUCGUCAUGUACGCCAAUCUGGGCCUGGCAGAGAAAACACAGCUGCUAAAGCUGAAUGUGCCCGCCACAUUCAUGUUGGUCGCUUUGGACGAGGGUCCUGGCCCCCCCAUCAAGUACCAGUACGCUGAACUGGGCAAGCUCUACACGGUCGUCUCUCAGCUGGUCCGCUGCUGUGACGUGUCCUCACGUAUGCAGUCCUCUAUCAAUGGUAACCCUCCUCUGACUAACCCCUAUGGGGACACCAACCUGACGGCCCCGGUAAUGCUAGUGCAGCAGUUGGUGGCAGAGAUCCUCUUUGUGAGGACCAGCUACGUGAAGAAAAUCAUUGAGGACUGCAGCAACUCUGAAGAGACCGUGAAACUGCUCCGCUUUAGCUGUUGGGAAAACCCACAGUUCUCUUCCACUGUGCUCAGUGAGCUACUCUGGCAGGUGGCGUACUCAUACAAUUAUGAGCUGAGGCCUCAUUUGGACUUGCUGCUUCAGAUCCUUCUCAUUGAGGACUCCUGGCAGACACACAGGAUCCAUAAUGUGUUGAAAGGGAUUCCUGAUGACAGAGACGGCCUUUUUGAUACCAUUCAGCGGUCCAAGAGUCACUACCAGAAAAGAGCCUACCAGUGCAUUAAGUGCAUGGUGGCCCUUUUCAGCAACUGCUCAGUGGCUUACCAGAUCCUGCAGAGUAACGGCGACCUGAAGCGAAAGUGGACGUGGGCAGUGGAGUGGCUAGGUGACGAGCUGGAGAGGAGGCCAUAUUCUGGGAACCCACAGUACACAUACAACAACUGGUCGCCUCCAGUGCAGAGCAAUGAGACGUCCAAUGGCUACUUCCUGGAGCGCUCGCACAGCGCACGUAUGACCCUUGCCAAGGCCUGCGAGCUUUGUCCUGAGGAGCUCAAGUGUACUGAGGGAAGCCCAGGGAAGGAGCCUGAUGAACAGGAAGCCCCUGAUGAUCAAGACUCUUCACCGCCUGAGGACACGUCCCUCUACCCGCAUUCUCCUGGAACCACACAGUUUCAGCAGAACAACCACCCACAUGGGCAGCCAUACACCGGCCCUGCUGCGCAGCACAUGAACAACCCCCAGCGCCCUGGCCCCGCCUCCGCGCCCAGCCCCGCCGCACAGACCCCGACUCCAGGCCCCGCUCCCACCUCAGGCCCCGCCCCCGGCUCGGGCCUGAGAGCACAAGAGAACAGGGACAGCACAGAGGAGGUCGCCCCCGCCCCCGCCCCAACCCCGGCUCCUGCCCCGCCUAAGGAGUAACAUGGCCUGCCCACCAUGCCAGGCCCGUACCACCACCACCUCCUCUGCUGUGCCUCUUUUCUCUCAUGUUCUCUUCUCGUUCUUUGGUUCUCUCUCCUCUCUCCAGAGCCUGGCCAGCAAGAGUGGGGCGCUCUUUCCCCCUUUUACGCUAGCUACAUGGGAGUGGGGCCUGGGGAGGGAGUAGAUUUAAGAGUUCUAAAUAAAGAAAAUUAACCCAGAGCUGGCGAUGAUGAUGAUAAAAAAAGGUGUACAUAAUAUGUUAAUGUUUCUGACUGUUGGGAUCGCCCAGUAGCAUAACUCUGUGUGGUUUGCUGUUGGGAGAGGUUGCAGAUUUAAUAAUGAACUACACAAAAAAAUGGAAACUAUACUAAGACCCCCCCCCCCCCCCCCCCCCCCAGAAGACAUCAGAUCCUCUUUGUGUCCUCACCCACAGUUCACAUUUGUUCCGCCAUGUGAUCCUAUAACGGUCAUUCAACUGGAUGAAGAUGACGAAGGAUGCAUCAUUAUUCAUUAAGCUCCUCAACGACUCACCAGCUGCGUGGUUGCUUUUAGCGUGACAUGCAGAAACGGGUCAGGUUUUACGGUGUUUGACGUGAAAACAUUCUGAGAAUCAUUGCCUUUUUUUUGGUUUUCUUUUUUUUUUUUUUCCUCUGGAGCUCCAGUCAAUAUGCUGUAACAUUUUAGCAUGGCUUUCUCACCACAAAUAGUGUGUAGCCCCGAGGGAAAAGUGAUCCUAAACAACCUGAAGCUCCCUUUGGCUUUCUUUUCUACUCUCCAAUGAUGGCAAUUUUGUUUGUUUUUUUUCAACCAAUGUAUGACUUAAGUACCUUUUUUCCAGUUGCACAUUAUGAUAUCCUCCAAACUUAACAUUUUGCAGUCCGGUAUUCCAGUGGGAUUAGACAGUUUAUAGCUAUAUAGGUGAAAAUGAAAUCAAACUUGCAACAACUUUUUUUGCGCUUCUGUCCAACCUCCCCCCCGCCCCCUUUUAUUUUAUUUUAUUUUUACCACCCAGUCUGCUUCCUCUGUUACCCUGCGGCCCCCAACCAUGUUGGUGUUCCAGCUAGGAGCAGGGAUGGCGGACAGGCACGCAUCGGGGAGAAAAAAAAAACGGAUAAAGAAGUCAAAAGUUGCAACAUGAACCAACUUGUAAUUCUGUCUGACUAAAAGGUAACACCCAUCAGUAAAUACUGUAUUUAAUUGGUAACUUGAAUGUGUGUUUUCCUUCAUUUUGUCUAAAACAUACCAAAUACUCCUGCAAAUGAAAAUAUUCUGCCCACCGUAUUUAAAUAUUUUUGCUCUUAUUUUAUAGAAUUUAUUUUUGUUGUAUUCUCAAAAAAAAUAGAAUUUGUUUUAAUAAAGGAACAUUUUUGUCCUUGUUAUUUUUAAAGAAGCUAUUGACUGUACAGAGUUCUAAUCUGCGCCCCGUUUUUUUGCCGACUUUUGUUUUGGCCAUGGUGUGUGACGUUGAAUUCUGGAGCUACAGUCGCGAUGUGGACUUUCACUUUGUGAGAUUUUUUUUUUUGUGCACAGAAAUAUAACAGGCAAAAAGCAUUGCGCCCUUAGCAAAUAAAGAACAUGGAAUAUUG